UUGAAGGGUCUAUGGAUAUGAAGAGCAGUUGUAGUUCUUCAAUUAUUAGGCAUCAUUCUGUGAAUUCAUCAAGUUUUAUAGCACAUCAAAUGGAUCAUGAUGCUGAGAGUGAACAUGAUUUGGAAGCAGGAGCCAUAAGUGAUCGAGCUCUUCAUAGCAUUAGAUUGUCUUUUGACCACGUUUCAGAAGAUGGGGUGGUUGUUUCAAAUCCAGGGGUUCACAAAUUGCAACCUUAUCAAGAUGGGGCAUCCAAUUCUUUCUCUUCUAUUAAGCCAUUAACACCUGAACUGAUGACCCCUCUUUUAAGUAAUGAAAGAGAGGAUUCUGAAGACAUAAAACAGGAACCUGAAAAAGAAUUGCCAAAGUUACUGCAUUCCGCUUUAUGUCUGGUUCAUUUGGCUGUUUUUGGUAUUCUUGGGGAUUGAGACAUUUGGACCAACCGUGAGUGAUCAACCAUUGGAGCAAGCUAUGGAGCUUGAAUAGCUCAUUGGAAUUGGUGUAUGUUUGUAAAAGUUGAUUGCUGAAACUGUUGGUGAAGAACAAAGGUUGACUGAAGCAUUGAGGUAAGCCUUCGGACCUUGGGUGUAAUUCCCUUGACUGUUCUACCAAGCCCUGAAAGGGUGGAGGUUGUGAUUGUGUAUAUAAAUGCAAUAAAAUAGUGUAAUGCUUUGUUAUACGUAUGUGUAUGCAUUUGGUGUGGCAUAGGAUGGUGUUUCCCUAUGUUGGUAUGUUGCAUGACGAUGCGUAAAUCAUACUUGGUAGUUAGCUGGCCAGUAGGACUAUUUGCAUCUGAGUUUCCUUAGGACAGCUUGAGAGCUCGAGGGAUUUCUCCUGGAGAUGUAUUGCACUUUGCAUAGAUAUGUAUUUACUGCAUUAUUAUUGUUAUUGCUAUUACACUGAUAUGGAACUGUGGGGUGGAGAGAUGCUCCAAGGACCCCUGGUUUACUGGAUAUAUUCGUAUAUCUCACCCCGUGUUGUGGGGACCCCCUUUCAGGUAAGGAUGCUGCAGGAGCCUCUGGUGGCAAGUGGCCAUAUCUGGAUUAUGCAUGAAAUAUGGCAUUUCUUUGAGUUUAUGCAUGCCUUUUGUAGUUGACAUGUAUAGGAUUUUAUUUUGAAAGCCCAUGGUCAUUUGUAUAUCUUGAUUCAUUGGAUGAACUUAGCCUAUGCUCAUGCCUUUGGUUACACCUUUUGUUGAUGGGAGCCAA